UGACAAGACUUAUCUCCUUUUUUUGGCGAGAGAGAGAGAGAGGGAGAGAGAGAGGCUGCAGGCAAGAGUGGGAUUGUUGUCGGUGCGAUGCCAGCACCACUUAGAUGCGGCACCGUGGUACGAGUUCCUCUUCCACGUGUGAGCGGCCACUUUCUCUUCCCUCCUUUUCUGCCACUACCCCGGCCCCCUUCAAGAUCACCGCCAUCGUCCCUAGCGCUUUUCCCUCGGUUGUGUUGUUGCAGGAUAGCGGGCUUCCAAUCGGGAUUGGUAGCUGCUGCCCUCCGCCUCUCGCCAAAAAUGGAGCUACAUGCUGGUGGUGAUUUUGAAAAGAACAAGCAAAUGGUGCGAAAAUUGCAGCUUUAUGGGGUGGCCAAAUCGAAGAGAGUGACAGAAGUAAUGGAGACUGUUGAUAGGGGAUGGUUUGUGCCUCCUGGAAAUGAUCCUUAUCUUGACAGUCCAAUGCCAAUUGGUUAUAAUGCAACUAUUUCUGCUCCUCAUAUGCAUGCUACGUGUCUUGAAUUGUUGCAGCAGCAUUUGCAGCCGGGGAUGCAUGCCUUAGAUGUUGGUUCAGGGACUGGUUAUCUAACUGCAUGCUUUGCGUUAAUGGUGGGAUCUGGAGGUCGUGCUGUAGGUGUCGAGCAUAUUCCUGAACUGGUGGCUAUCUCCAUUGAGAACAUUAAGAGAAGCGCUGCUGCACCAUUACUUGAGCAAGGUGUUCUCUCGGUGCAUGUUGGAGAUGGUCGAGAAGGAUCACCGCAUUCUGCUCCUUAUGAUGCCAUCCAUGUGGGAGCAUCUGCACCGGAAAUCCCAGCUCCCCUUGUUGCGCAGUUGAAGCCUGGUGGCAGAAUGGUGAUCCCUGUGGGAGAUCUCUUCCAGCAGUUGAAGGUUGUGGACAAGAGGCUUGAUGGUUCUCUUAGCGUCCGAACUGAAACGUCCGUAAGUUACGUCCCGUUGACCAGUCGGGCAGCACAGUUGCAGGAUUCUUGAUGCAGAAUGUUGUAACGUGAAAGUGUUCCUCUUGCAGUCUGGAAAAGGAGAAACUUUGUCUGUGUUUUUCCUUUUUCUUUUGUAAAUACUGUGUAGGUUUUAAUUGUAUGUAUAGGUUAAAUAAUCUCAGCUAAAACUAAGGUGCAUGUGGCAGAACUUAGUAAACUGUCUGUCCCUCUUGUACAGUGGCUCAGAAAAUCCAUAAAUCUCAUAUACUGUUGAAUA